AUACCUUUCACACAGUGUUGUUUAGCCCAACCAUACGGCUACUUGCACCGAAUUAAGAAGUAGGCUAGUGUCCCUUCCUGUGGAACAGACGCGACUGCAAGUGUCAAAGUUUUUUUAUAUGUUGUUUCCGCUAUUGAACGUUGGUGUUCAAAAAUGCGUGGUUUAGAGGUAAUCCGUUUGACUAGGUUGCAUGGGAAUUGCACAGUGCCUGGACAAAUAGCACAGAUAAGGCAUUUUACCUCAAGUUAUUCGGGGUACAUUGCGACGCACAGAGCAAGGCAUGUAUUUGGAGGACCUGGAUGUGUCACAUUUCCCCGACAGACGGACAGGACAAAAUGCACACCACUUUACACUCGGCGACCAGAUGGGAAAAUACAGCUUUACAACAUACAAUGCACCCGUUCAUUGGCAACCAAAAACUCUUACGAUUACGCUUUCAGCACUGCUAGAGACAACCCUGCAAAGUUCUGGAGCGAAGCAGCGCAAAACAUAGAUUGGUUCGAACAUUUCAAACAAACUUUGGACAACACAGAUAUUGUUCUUCCAAAAUGGUUUAUUGGAGGGAAGCUGAAUGUCUGCUACAAUGCGGUGGAUCGCCAUGUGGCCAGUGGACGAGGAAGUCAACCAGCCAUCAUCUACGACAGCCCCGUCACCAACACAAAACAAAUAAUCACAUACAAGCACUUGCAGCAGGAGGUGUCUCGGCUGGCAGGUGCGCUGGUGAGGAACGGGGUGAAGAAAGGUGACCUGGUGGUGAUCUACAUGCCCAUGGUGCCACAGGCCAUGUUCACCAUGCUGGCCUGUGCCAGGAUAGGUGCCACCCACAGCCUCAUCUUUGGCGGCUUCGCAUCCAAGGAGCUGUCGGGUCGCAUCGACCACGCAAAGCCCAAGAUGAUUGUGACGGCGUCGUUUGGCAUCGAGCCUGGCAGGAGAGUGGAGUACAUUCCUCUGGUGGAGAAAGCUCUUGAGCUGGGCAGCCACCGACCCCAGAAAGUGCUCAUCUACAACAGACCCAAUAUGGAGAGUGUGUCUCUGCGCCCUGAUCUGUGUGAGAGUCUGGACUGGGAUGAGGAGAUGGCCAAGGCCCAGCCUCACGACUGUGUACCGCUGCCUUCCAAUCACCCCCUCUACAUCCUGUACACCUCCGGCACCACAGGCACUCCAAAGGGUAUUGUGAGAGACACGGCAGGCUAUGCCACCAUGCUGAACUGGACCAUGUCUAACGUCUACGGCCUGACCCCUGGAGAGGUAUGGUGGGCGGCAUCUGACCUGGGCUGGGUGGUGGGGCACUCCUACAUCUGCUACGCUCCUCUUCUUCAUGGCAACACCACCAUUCUCUAUGAGGGCAAGCCCGUGGGAACUCCAGACCCAGGAGCAUUUUUCCGCGUGAUGUCAGAGCACGGCACCUCCUCCAUGUUUACCGCCCCCACUGCCAUCCGAGCCAUCCGGCAGCAGGACCCUCAGGCAGCCAUCGGCAAACAGUUCCCCCUGCACAACCUGCGUAGCUUGUUCCUGGCUGGGGAGCGCUGUGAUGUGGAGACAUUGGACUGGGCCAAGAAGAUCUUCAACGUGCCUGUGCUGGACCACUGGUGGCAGACUGAGAGUGGAUCAGCCAUCACUGCCUCCUGUAUUGGACUGGACUGCUCACUCUCGCCUCCUGCUGGUCAAGCUGGGAAGUCAGUGCCUGGAUACAAUGUCACUGUGAUUGAUGAUGACAUGGAGCCUGUGUCACCUAGAACCCUGGGAAAUAUCGUCGUCAAGCUUCCACUACCCCCAGGAGCAGCCUUGUCUCUGUGGCAGAAUGACGACUUGUUCAGGGAGCUCUACUUCACCAAGUUCCCAGGUUACUAUGACACCAUGGACGCAGGCUUUGUGGACGAGGAGGGCUUCCUCUACAUCAUGUCGCGGUCUGAUGAUGUCAUCAACGUUGCCGGGCACAGGCUGUCAUCUGGGGCACUGGAGGAGGCAGUGCUGUUGCAUGCAGGGGUGGCAGACUGUGCUGUGGUGGGAGUGGAGGACUCACUGAAAGGCCACGUGCCACUGGCUCUGUGUGUGCUGCGCAAUGACUGCCAGAAGAGCCAGGAGCUGAUGUCUAAGGAGAUCGUGGGCCUGGUGCGGGAGACCAUCGGGCCGGUGGCCGCCUUCCGGAAGAUUCUGUUUGUGAAAGGCCUGCCCAAGACGCGCUCGGGGAAGAUACCACGCUCCUCCCUUGCCAACCUCGUCAACGGGAAACCAUAUAAGAUCACACCUACCAUAGAGGACCCUGAUGUCUACAAGAGCCUUGAAAAGACAGUGCGAGAGGGAUUGGGGCAUUGA